CAGCCAGGAACCGUGGCGUAGCGCACCGCAGUCGUGCGGUGACGGGCACAACAGCGCGGCGCCGAGCACGCAGCGAGGGCGCUCUUUGUCGUUGUGCGCACAAUGGGCGCUGCAGCGCGGCAGCACCAGGGCACAAGGACAGAGAGUCACGCAGCGAGCCACAGAGCACCGCGCACGCAGGGCUGCCAGGGCUGCAGGCUGGCUAGGCACAGAGCAGUCAAUCCCCGGUGGGCGGCCCAACAAGGCCAACGGGCCUGCGUGUCCGGCAGCCCGGCCUAUCGUGCGCGCCAGGCCGCUUCGGGCGCCCUCUCCUCGUUCCCCCUUCACGGCGGCCCACAUCACCGCACGUCCAAGCCUCCUCGCUCCUCUCACCCACCCAAGUCAGUCCUUGUCACCUGCUGCUCGCCAUCACACUCGUUUCUGCUCUGUCGUUUGCCCAUCACUGCCACUAACUCCAGCGAGCGGCCAUCCCUUCCUUUGCCGUCGACGAAAUCAAGGGGUAAAUCCGAAACUUCAUUCCGGGCCUCACUGUCCGCGACCCAACACGCUGCGUUUCGAAUCUGGCAGUCGAGGGCAUCGUUGAGCGAGUCCACUGCACCGCAGCUGUCAACCGCAGUCCCAAACAACCCACUCUACCCCAUACCCGCCCAGCACCCAGCACCCAGCACCGCUGCCAUCCACCCGCAUCGAGCCGCCUGCGCAGCCAGUGACCACCGCCACUGACCACCGCCAUCCGGACGGAGGACAGCCAUCCACGCGGCCACACCACCCUCGCGUGCCUGCCUGACGCUCACGUCCCGCCACGUACAUCGCAAUCUGCACGAGCGACGCUCAGCGCAACACCAAACUCUUCCUGCACCGCCGCCACCCCGACAACACGCCCACAAUGGUCUCCUUCUCCUUCACAUCUGCUCUUGCAGCCGCAG